AUGACAAAAGAUUUAACAAUGCCAUCUGAAAUCCCUGAAGAAGAUGGCAGACCCAAAUGGGACAAUAAGUUCCAGUACAUUUUAAGCUGUGUCGGAUUUGCUGUUGGUCUGGGGAACGUGUGGCGAUUUCCAUACUUGUGUCAGAUACAUGGAGGCGGGGCGUUCCUGAUCCCAUACUUCAUCGCUCUUCUCUUUGAAGGAAUUCCCCUGUUGCAUCUCGAACUGGCCCUAGGACAGUAUGUGAGGAAAGGCAGCAUUGGUGCCUGGAACACUGUCUCACCUUACCUUGGAGGAGUUGGGGCUGGCACGUGGAUGGCAUCUGUUCUGGUGAGCUUAUACUACAACACAGUCCUAACCUGGGUGAUGUGGUAUUUCAUAAACUCCUUCCAAGAACCUCUUCCUUGGAGUGUUUGCCCUCUAAAUGAAAACAGAACAGGGCUCAAUGAGGAAUGUUAUGAAAGCACCGCAGUGAACUAUUUUUGGUACAGGAAAACUCUGAACAUAACCCCCGAUGUCACUGAGAGUGGCACAUUACAGUGGUGGCUCAUUUUGUGCUUAGCAGCUUGCUGGGCAAUUGUCUAUCUGUGCACCAUUCGAGGAAUUGAAACCACAGGAAAGGCCAUUUAUGUAACAGCACUAUUUCCUUACCUGGUCCUAACUAUAUUCCUCAUUCACGGACUCAGUCUACCAGGAGCCACUGAUGGUCUGACUUACCUAUUCACCCCUAACCUCAAUGCUUUGAAAAAUCCCCGUAUAUGGCUUGAUGCAGCUACUCAGAUUUUCUUCUCUCUGUCUUUGGCUGUUGGAGGACUUAUUGCGUUCUCAAGCUAUAACCCACCAAAAAAUGACUGUGAAAAGGAUGCUGUGACAGUAGCCAUUGUGAACAGCCUGACGUCCCUCUACGCUUCCAUCCCAGUCUUUUCUGUUUUGGGGUUUAAAGCAACAACAGGCUACUGGGACUGCUUGGACAGGAACAUUCUCAAUAUCAUCAAUGAAUUUGAUCUUCCAGAAGAAAGCAUCAUGCGACAGAACUAUACAGCCUGGAUUAGCUUCCUAAAUUCAUCAUAUCCAGAAAAAAUUGCUGGAGUCAAACUGAAAACCUGUGACCUUCAAGAAUUUCUUGAUCAGAGUGUAUCAGGGACUGGCCUAGCUUUCAUCAUUUUCACUCAAGCCAUCACUCUCAUGCCAGGCUCCCAGGCCUGGGCCAUCCUGUUUUUCACAAUGUUGUUCUGCUUGGGCCUUUCCUCUAUGUUUGGGAACAUUGAGGGAGUCUUCACUCCUCUUCUAGAGCUUCAAGUAUUUAAAUCAACACCCAAGGAGCUACUGUCUGGUAUAAUAUGUCUCAUUUCCUUCCUCAUUGCUCUGUGUUUUACACUGGCUUCAGGAAGUUACUGGAUUGACAUUUUUGACAGCUAUGCAGGCUCUCUGCCUCUUCUAGUCAUCGCUUUCUUCGAAGUGAUUGGGGUUGCAUAUGUCUAUAAAAUUAAAAGGUUCAGUAAAGAUGUGAAACAGAUGACUGGACGAAAACCUAAUCUUUACUGGCAGAUGACGUGGAAGUUUAUUAGCCCUCUGCUCCUGCUAAUUGUCUUUGUGGCCUUUGUUACUCUUCAGACACACAAGCCGCCAAGCUAUGCAGCCUGGAACCCUAAAUACGAAGGCUUCCCUAUGAAAGAGGAGAAAGUUUAUCCACCUUGGGUAGUGUCCAUCUGUGUGCUUUUAGCUGCCCUGCCCUGUGUGUUCAUACCUCUGGGAGCACUCUUCCAUCUGAUCAAACAGAUGCGCAGAAGCAGUGACCUAAGCUUUGUACCAAAACAAGUGUUUUCAUGUCAAGGGGCUAACAGCAACUUUUCUCAUCUGCAAGAAUAA